AUGCUAGUAGCAUGUUUGGUAAAAGCCAUUGAAUAUUUCGAUGAAGCAAAGGAUACAAAUUCAUUUCCCAAUGGGCUAGUCAUGUCCACAAUCGCUAUUGUAAUGGCUGCCAUAUUGUGGGUUUGGCUCAUAAUUUUUUCAUCGAUAUGGAAGCGUAUGAACACGGUAAUACGCAUGCACAAGAACAAGAACUAUUUGACUGUAGCCAAUGAUAUCAACACUGCAUUUGCUGUCUGA